AUGUUCUCUUCCCUUUCUGAAGGUGCACUGUCCCAGGGUCAGGUGCACCCCCUCCUGGGAUCCCUGCCUCUGCCGGGUCGACCCCUCCAGGCGCAGGGUCAUGCCCCGCUGGAGCACUUUCUGCCACUGAGGGUCAACGGCUCCUCGCCGCUUAGCCUCUUCCCAAACUUCAACACGAUGGACCCAGUGCAGAAGGCAGUGAUCAACCAUACCUUUGGUGUGACCCCCCCCAAGAAGAAACCCAUCAUCUCCUGUAACAUCUGUCACCUGCGCUUCAACUCCACCACCCAGGCAGAGGCCCACUACAAAGGUCACAAGCAUGCUCGCAAGCUAAAGGCCUUGGAGACCCAGAGGAACCGGCACAAGAACGGACACGGUCCAUCCACAGCGGGAAAAGACCGAGAGAGGGGCAUGAUGGGAGGAGCAGCGGUGCCAAGAGACCUCUCUCUUAUGAAAGACAAAAAAGGCCCAACCUUGUCUUCUCCACCUGCACAGCAGCAAACUGAAAUCACCCUGGGGAGUUCACUGGCAGCCCCCCCUUCAUCUCAACCUUCAGCCUUGGACUCCUUGCUCCGCUCUCCUCAGGUCUCUCCUCAGGUCUCCCCUCAGGUCUCCCCUGGCUCUCAGCUUUCUGAUCUACCCUCGGUGAGUCCACCUGUGGAAGGGUGCAGCCCGGCCACCAUCUCCGCCCCACCCUCUGAUCCUCAGGGAGGCUCCACGGGAGGUGAGGAGGAGGUGGCGAAGGUGGAUGAUGCUAAGGAGGCCAAGAGCAACAAAAACCAACCUAUCCAUUGUCCUACUUGCAAAGUGACGGUCAAUUCCAGCUCCCAGUUGGAAGCUCACUGUAGUGGCUCCAAGCACAAACAGAUGCUGGACGGUCCAAACAGCAGCCAGUCACAACGCAGGGCCAAGAUGACAUCAUCGCCCAGACCCACCAGCAGAAUUAAGCAGCGGAUGGGCAGCAAGACCAGAGCGGUGGUGUGCGUGUCCAGCCAGCCCUUUCACUGUGAACUGUGCCAGAUGUCCGUCAACUCCGAGACACAGCUGAAGCAGCACAUGAGCAGCAGGAGACACAAAGAGCGUUUGGCUGGGAAGCCUGUCAAGACAAAGUUCAGCCCCUAUAAUAAACUACAGCCCAGUGCAAUCUUAGCGACUAAACUGGCCCUACAGAAGCAUCUCUGUAAGGCCCUGCCAGCCGGCUUCCUGACCAGCCACCUCAAUCCAGCUGCCUUUUGCACCAUGGCUCACGGACCCUUGGCACUACGACUGCCGCCAACCAUCUUCCAGGGCCCCCUGAUCAGCCCCACGCUCUUCAGGCCCGCCCCAGGACCUUUGAGGGCCACACAUGCACCCAUAAUCUUCUCUCCUUACUAG